UCUCUCUUUCAGUCUCUUCUAUACUUGCACUGAAUCUUAUAAAGAUGCCUCCUUUAUUUUUCUUUAUUUAAUUAAUUUAGUUCCUCUUACAGAUAGAAAAACGCACACAUAAAGUGACAGAGACAAAGAAAAACGUGGCUCUUUUUUUGUUUUUCCUUUCUUCUCUCUGGUGUGGGCGUUGCAGGUUCCAAUCCAAGUAGUGGUCGUUGGUACUCUUUGAUGUCUUUGCAUGCCUAUUAUACUUAAACCACUAUCUGCUUUUGCAAGUCGAAUUAUUUCUCUUUCACCAUGUGGAGUUUUGCAUCAAGAGCCAUUAGUGGAACCAUUGGAUUGAAGAAUGACCUUUUAAAGCUGCGCCAAGCAUCUUCAGAGUGCUCAGAUGAUGAACCUUUUGUAAACAAUAGCAGAGAGGAGGGACUGGAAUGCCCUAUAUGCUGGGAAUCUUUCAACAUUGUUGAAAACGUGCCUUAUGUUUUAUGGUGUGGCCACACCCUUUGUAAGAAUUGUGUUUUGGGACUGCAAAGGGCUAUUGUGAAACCCCUACCGCUGCCAAUCCAGCUUCCGUUCUUCAUUUCUUGUCCAUGGUGUAAUCUAUUGUCUCUCAGGCUGGUCUAUAAAGGAAAUCUCAGGUUCCCCCGUAAAAACUAUUUUCUUCUAUGGAUGGUUGAGAGCUUGAAUGGUGAUAGAUCAAAGUCAUAUUUCUCCUUUCAUGGGGAUAACCAACCUGUCUGUUCUUCGAACAGAAAUGUACCUGUAGGAAAUCAAGUCGGCCAAGUUAUCAACAGGCGAGCCCUGUGUACUCAUCCCACGCGACAAUUGGUGCCUAACCAUAAUGAGGGCUGGCUUAACAAUAGCUACUUAAAUGCUGAAAGACUUCAGUUAUCCUUACGCAAGUCAUUGGCUCUCUUUGUCCACUUGACAGCUAAGUUUCCCUUAAUUGCCAUAUUUCUUUUGGUUAUCUUGUAUGCAAUACCGGCCAGUGCAGCUAUCUUGGCACUCUACAUCCUUAUCACGCUCGUGUUUGCUCUCCCUUCUUUUCUCAUCUUAUACUUCGCCUUACCUAGUCUUGAUUGGUUGGUUAGAGAAAUCAUUACUUGAGUUGCCGCUAUCCUAUAUACUGGAUUCUGCAGAUGUGCGCGGCAUUUUUCUUCUUUAUAAUCCACAUAAGUGUUGCAAUCCGACGACUUUCCUUCUAUUAGAUAGUUACCAGCUUGCAGCUGGAUCUGAAGUUAUGAAUUUGUACCAAACUCUAUUAGAAAAUUUCUAGCAGAUGAGUUGACAGAUAAGUUGAUUGCAAAUGUUAGCUUGGUCAAGUUCCAAAAUCUUCAGGCGCAGUCAAUGAUCUACUAGAAAUAUGUUAGUGCAUUGCUGGUAGUAUUUUGGUGCAGUGUACUGUGUACAUAUGCUCUUGCAAGAACUCAAGUACAUCAUUCCUGAUUUGUUUCUGGCCCUUUAUAUAUGUUACAUUGAAUGUUCCAUUUCC